AUGUUCUUCGUUUUCUCUGUCUUUCUCAUUCAUUUUCUCAAGUAUUUUCAGACUUCUUCCGUUAACCCUGUUCAAGGUCUUUCUAUAACCUAUGACCUUUCCCACCUAUUUCUUAUUUGUCACAUUUUUACUAUUGCAUCAUUUUUCUUCGACUUCCUCGUCUAUUUUUUUUCCCAUAUUUUGUUACUUUUGCUUUUGUCUUUUGUUUUUCUUUUUCUUUCUUUCUUUCUUUCUUUCUUUAUUUCUUCUUUCUUUCUUUUGUUUUCUUUCUUUUUUCAACUUUCUUUUUUCUUUCUUUCUUUUGUUUUCAUUCUUUCGUUUUCCACUUUCUUUUUCUUUCUUUCUUUUGUUUUUUAUUCUUUUUUUGAUUCUUUCUUUUUUUACAGUUGCUUUUGUCUUUUGUAUUUCUUUUUCUUUCUUUCUUUCUUUAUUUCUUCUUUCUUUCUUUUUUUCUCCGGUUAUUUAUUUAUUCAAUUAUUAUCUUCUAUUUUUCAUUCUCUUUCUUUCAUCAGAUAUUUUCUCUUCCUUCUUAUCUUUCUUUAUUAUUUCCCUUUAUUUUCCAUUAUAAUUAUUUACUCGGCUAUUCCUUCUACCCCCGUAUUUUUUUUGUUUUUUCAUUUUCUUAUUUCAUUCAGCUAUAUCGCUUUUCUUUUUUCCAUUCUCUAUUUUAUACUCGGUUAUUCUCUCUUGCUUUUCCAUUCUUUUUAUUUACUCAUUUAUUCUCUUUUUCCUCCUAUUUUUACAGAGUUAUGUUCUUUCUUUCAAGCUAUUUCUUUACUCGGUUAUUGA